GAAAACGAAAUGAGAAUGAUCUUAAAUUCAAAAGGAAAUUUCAAGUUGCGAGGCGUUUUGGUCGAGUACUACUUUGUGCCUAUCCAUGCAUCUUAAGAGUCUUGGGGUGAGAAAGUAAUGUAAAAGUCCAAAAAGAGAAUGAGAACUCUCUUUCCUCAUCUUCUUCUUCUUGGAACGGGGCUGGCUACUUGUUGGUCUUUGAAAUCAUGAGUCUUCAUGCCAUCAUUGCUAUGUAAAGCCUCUCUCUCUCUCUCUCUCUCUCUCUCUCUCAUGCACACAUAUGAAGUUAUGAGCACAACUACCCAGCUAUAUAUAACUCAUAGUUUUCUCAUUUUCUACUCAUCCAUCUCUUACCCACAACCUAUAAUCCCUCUCAAAUUCUAUCAUUUCUCUCUCUUACCCACUGUCCAAAAUCUCUCUCUCUCCCACUCCCAAAAAUAUUGAAAUUUAAAGGGAAAAAUGUGCACAAAUCCCUCAGAGUUGAAUCCAUAUCCGUCGUCAUGUUCCACCGUUCUCCGGCAACAGCCAUCAAAGAGACCUAAAAUUCGAGUUCACCGGCUAAACAGGAGGAGAAGAUUGUCCAAGGAAGCAAAAGAGAAGGCAAGGGUAGGGGUGUUGAGGAGAGAGAUGGAAAUCAAGAACUUGAAGCUAUACAUGGAGAACCAAAGCAUCAUUAAAGAGAACGAGAAGCUGAGAAAGAAAGCUGUUCUUCUUCACCAAGAGAACAGAGUCUUGCUAUCUCAGUUCCAAAAGCUAUCUUAUCCUCAUAACCAAAUGCCUCAUAGCAACAACAACAAACGCUAAUAGCAAUAUAUGUAACUAUGCAGAAGAAGAAGAUAUAGUCCUAUUAUUUCUUCUUCUUGACAGAAGUCUUAGCUUCUCUUUUUAGUUUUUGUUUGAUCGAGUUUGUUGAAAUACUUUAAUUAACGGGAUAAAUAAGGGGGUUUUAUGGUUUUCAUGACUAAUAAUUGAAAUUUGAUAUUGAUAAAUAAUUUUUAAUGGUUA